AUGACGGACGCUACGGUCGCGGCGGGAGUGACGGCGAUCGUUGACCCACUGCUUCGCGCCGUCGUUUGCGCCCCCGUUGACCCCGCGCACUACCCGCUACUACAGCCCGCCACCCGCGCGAUUUCCGCUGCUGCAGCCCGUCGCCCGUCCCGUCGCACUGCCGCCCGUCGCCAGAUCCCCGCCACCCGUACGCACUCCGCUGCCCGUCGCCAGGUCCCCACCCGCCCUCCCGUCGACUUCGCAACUGCUGUGAAGGGAGUGGCGGGGGUGGCGAGAGUGGUGGGAGUGGCGGGAGAAGCUGCUGCUACGCCAUUGCACGUGCCAAAUCGUCCGCGACCCGCACCCCGCACCCCGCCCGUCGCCCGUACGCCACCUGCACCCCGCACCCCGCCCACCCCCCGUGCGCCACCCGCACCCUGCACCCCGCCCGUCGCCCGUACGCCAUCCGCAUCACGCCGACGUCCGUGUCCCCGUCCGCGAGACCCGUCCGAACCCCGUACCUGCACCCAGACCGCCGUUCUGCCCCAGAUCCCGCCCCCCCCCACCGACAACUGCCACCCCACCCCCAUCUCCGGCUCCGUAUCCAGCGGGAAGGGGAGGAGGUGUGGUGUUGGCCCGAAGGGGACGGCUGGGGGAGGGGGAGUGGCGGGGUUGGCGGCUCAUUCACACCCGUGCUGUCCGUACCCGGUGCCCCCUGUGUUCCCGUGCUGCCCCCCGUGUUCCCGUUCUGCCCCCCGUGUUCCCGUGCUGCCCCCCGUGUUCCCGUGCUGCCCCCCGUGUUCCCGUGCUGCCCCCCGUGUUCCCGUGCUGCCCCCCCGUGUUCCCGUGCUGCCCCUCGUGUUCCCGUGCUGCCCCGCUCUCCCCGUGCUGCCCCGUUCUGCCUGUGUUGUGCCCGUUCCCGUGCCGUGUUGCCCCGUUCAGCCCUUGUCAUGCCCCGUUCUUCCUGUGCAGCCCCGUUGUCCCCGUGUUGCCCCGUUCUGCCCGUGUUACCCCGUUCAGCCCGUGUCCUGCCCCGUUCAGCCCGUGUUUUGCCCUGUUCUGCCCGUGUUGCCCCGUUCAGCCCGUGUCCUGCCCCGUUCUGCCCGUGUUGCCCCAUUCAGCCCGUGUCCUGCCCCGUUCUGCUGCCCGUGUUGCCCCGUUCAGCCCGUGUCCUGCCCCGCUCUGCCCGUGUUGCCCCGUUCUGCCCGUGUUGCCCCGUUCAGCCCGUGUCUUGCCCCGUUCAGCCCGUGUCCUGCCCCGUUCUGCCCGUGUUGCCCCGUUCAGCCCGUGUUGCCCCGUUCUGCCCGUGUUGCCCCGUUCAGCCCGUGUCCUGCCCCGUUCAGCCCGUGUUAUGCCCUGUUCUGCCCGUGUUGCCCCGUUCAGCCCGUGUCUGCCCCGUUCAGCCCGUGUUGCCCUGUUCUGCCCGUGCUGCCCCGCUCUGCCCAUUUGUGCCCUACCCGUGCUGUCCGUACCCGUUGA